CUUCUCCCCGAGUCCCAGUGCGAGCUGCUGCAUGCCACGGAAGCAGUGACGUCAGUUGUUUACCGUCUUGUGGGUCGCUUCUCGUUGCAGUGCAGCAGCACAUCCAGCAGGGCUUAUGUAACCCCGCUGCACGACUGCACGACAGGAGGGCUGCUGCAGUGUGUGAGUGCGCGCGUGUGUGCGUGCGUGAAGUGAAAACACACGUAUUGGCUCCAAACGGACCUCCUCUCUCCCUUCCCCACGCGUGCACAGAGAUAUCCCAGGAUGCACCGCUGCAGCAGCAGGAGCGGACAGGUAAACAACCGCAGCUGGCGUGCGACUCCGCGAUCAGUGACGUGCAGACCUGCGCCACCGCGGAAGAAGCAGCAGGAAGCAAUGAGCAGGACCAAAUAUGGCUUGCUGUUGAAAGAAAUUACUACUGGCUGACUGGCUCCAGACCUCUGGUGGUAAACAACCUCCCUGGCUGCGCCUCCUCAGCACCGCAGCAUCUCAGUGUCGUCCUCUGCCGGCGAAAAGGAAGAGCAGCAAUGCUACUACUACAGGGAAUUCAAUCGUUUUUUAAAGCAUUCUGUUCAUCAUAAACAUCUCAGGACAAACAUGUUUUUACGCACGGCGCAGAAUGUGUAUGAAACAACAUGAACGCGUAGCUCAUAAUAUUACAUAAAGCUGCUGAACGUAUUCUUAAUAUGUAAAUAAUAUAAAUGUUCAUUUUUAAACAUAAAAAAGGCACACAUUAAAAGUGUGAAUCACGUGAGGCCCAAUUCGCGGUUUUUGAUUAACAAUUUUUAAUGUUUCAAAUCACAAAUUGACGCUGUGGGGCAACGAAGGUUCCGCUCUUGUUUCCGGGGGACCGUGUUCCUCGUAGGUCCAUUCUGCGACUACAAGGAAGUGUCCAGCAUGUAGCUCCCAGGCAGAACCCUUACGUCCGCUACAUCUUCUUCUCUGAAGGAUACAAAAAGGGUAACAUUGAAAUGCGAUGCAUGUAUUUAUUUAGUCAGCGUGCAUCGUUGCCGUUUCUAGAAUGAAGCCGGAGAACAACACCUUCCGGUUUGUUCUCAACGCGGUAGCUCGGCGUGAUCCCCUCACGCUUAGUUGUAUGUGUGAACGGAAUAUGACUUUUCAGUUCAAUUACCCUUAUAAUAUUGUAAAAGUUGUCGGUCAAUGUGCGUAACUUUUCUGCACAGACACGCCGAUGAAACGCCAACGUCACAUGAGACUUUUAUUUUGAAACUAAUCCAACCCGAGUUGACAGCAGCGUUGCGUUUGACAGCAGAUUCAUGUAAAUAACACGUUCCUUUGAGGCUGAACGAGACGCUUUACUUCAUGUGAAACUCAACGUUUAACCCAGUAUUGGAUGUUAUACUUUCCACCAUUUUUAAGAUUUCACCAUGGAGGAGGCGUCCAGCGAUGCAGCGGGUCGGCCCGUUGUUGCUGCUCGGGUUCCUUUCCUUCACCUUUGUAAUACUUUAGAGAAAAUCCAGAAGUCUAAACUCCGCCCGGAGAAAUCCAAGAUCCUCGGGGAUUUCAUUGAGUCAUGGAGGAACUUCCAUUCGGCUCUGCACAAAGACAACCCCAAAACGACCGACUCCUUCUACUCAGCCAUGCGCCUCAUAGUGCCCUCCUUCGAACGAGACCGGGUUGCGUACGGCAUAAAAGAGAACAUGUUAGCCAAACUCUACAUCGACGUGCUGGGCCUCCCAAAGAACGGCCCGGAAGCCCAUCAACUGUUGAACUACCGCGCUCCGACCACGUCUCAGGGGGAAGCCGGAGACUUUGCUGGCAUGGCGUACUUUGUGCUGAAGAAACGGUGCGCCAGCCCAGGGACCCUCAGCAUCAAGGAAGUUAACGACUUCCUGGACUCGGUGGCCAUCAACAACGCGGGCAAGCAGAAGGAUCUGGUGAAGAAGAGCCUGCUGCACCUCAUCACCCACAGCUCGGCUCUGGAGCAGAAAUGGCUCAUCCGGAUGAUCCUGAAGGACAUGAAGCUCGGGAUCAGCAAGGAGACGGUGCUGCAGGUCUUCCACCCGGAUGCGGCCGAUUUCUACAACGUCAACACGGACUUGAACAAGGUGUGCCAGCAGCUCCACAGCCCCUCCGUGUCCUUAAGCGAAGUCUCCAUCGGGCUCUUCUCCGCCUUCAAGCCCAUGUUGGCGGCCGUGGCGAACAUCCGCAACGUGGAGAAGCAGAUGGGGAACGGCCCUUUUUACAUUCAGACCAAGCUGGACGGGGAGCGCAUUCAGCUGCACAAAGACGGCGACGUGUACAAGUACUUCAGCAGGAACGCCUUUGAAUACACCCAGCAGUUCGGAGGAUCGCCGCUGCAGGGCUCUCUGACGCCGCACAUCCACAACGCGUUCAAAGGCCACGUCGUCAACUGCAUCCUCGACGGGGAGAUGAUGGCGUACAACCCGACCGCGGAGACCUUCAUGCAAAAAGGGAGCAAGUUCGACAUCAAGAGGCUCAUGGAGGACUCCGAGCUGCAGACGUGCUUCUGCGUCUUCGACGUUUUGCUGGUCAAUGACCGGAAGCUCGGCAGGGAGACCCUGAAGCAGCGCCACGAGACCCUUCAGACGGUCUUCACGCCGGUCAAGGGGCGGCUGCACCUGGUGCCGAAGGCCGACGCCCGGACCAUGCACGAGGUGGUGAACGCGCUGAACGACGCCAUUGACGGCAGGGAGGAGGGGAUCAUGGUGAAGGAUCCCAUGUCUCUCUACAAGCCGGACAAGAGGGGGGAGGGGUGGCUGAAAAUAAAGCCCGAGUACGUGGACGGCCUGAUGGAUGAGCUCGACCUGCUGAUCGUCGGCGCCUACUGGGGCAAAGGAAGGCGGGGCGGUAUGAUGUCCCACUUCUUAUGCGCCGUCGCCGAAGCCCCAAAGCUCGGCGAGAAGCCCUCCGUAUUCCACACGCUGUGCCGCAUCGGCUCGGGCUACACCAUGAAGGAGCUGUACGACCUCGGCCUGAAGCUGGCCAAGCACUGGCGCGUCUACCGCAAGAACGACCCGCCGGCGUCCAUCCUGUGCGGAACGGAGAAGCCGGAGGUCUACAUCGAGCCCUGCAACUCGGUCAUCAUCCAGGUCCGGGCGGCCGAGAUAGUCGGCAGCGACAUGUACAAGACCAACUGCACCCUGCGCUUCCCCAGGAUCGAGAAGAUCCGCGACGACAAGGAGUGGCACCAGUGCAUGACCCUGGCGGAGCUGGAUCAGUUCCGCGGCAAGGCGUCCGGGAAGCUUGCCUCGCGGCACCUCCGCAUCGACGGCGACGAACCGCAGAAGAAGAAGCGCAAGCUGCCGGCCAAAGCCAAGAAGGCGGUCGGGAUCAUCGACCACUUCAAGCCGCAGGACCUCUCCGGGGUCACCAAGGAGACGGACAUGUUUGAGGAGGUGGAGUUCUGCAUCCUGAACGGCACAGCGGAUCACCCCAAGGCCGAGCUGGAGAAGGGCGUGGCCAGGUGUGGAGGUUUCGUGGUGCAGAACCCGGGUCGGGACACCUGGUGCGUGAUCGCCGGCGCUGAGAACGUGCGCGUGAGGAACUUGGUCUCGUCCGACCAGCACGACGUGGUGUGGGCCUCCUGGCUGCUGGACUGCCUGGCCCGGAAGGAGGUGGCGCCGUGGCAGCCGCGCCACAUGAUCCACAUGUCGCCCUCCACCCGGGAGCACUUCGCCAAGGAGUACGACAGCUACGGCGACAGCUACGUCGCCGACACGGACGAGCAGCAGCUGAGGGAGGUGUUCGGGCGGAUGAGCGGCGCGGACGCGUCGGCGGUGGCGAGCGCCAGCCAGGUGGAGCAGCGCUACGGCUGGGAGGACCUUCCCACCAGCAUGUUCAGACCCUGCCGGGUCUACAUGGACCGCUACGCCGAGAUGGGAAAACCGCAAACCGCCUUGGCCGCCAGCUGUUUGGAGAUAAGGGCUCUGGAGUUGCGCUACCACGGCGGUGCGGUGACGCAGAGUUUGGAGGAAGGAGUCACUCAUGUCGUUGUCACAGAGGAGACGAGACUUCUGGGUUUCAGGACUCUGAGACGCAGCUUCGAGAAGAAGUUUAUGAUUGUGAGGGACUCAUGGGUGACGGAUUCCAUUGAAGCCGGGCGCCUGAUGAAUGAGGCGGACUACUUGGUCUGAAGAGUCGUCUGGUGGCACAUGCUUGUCUAGUCAGCGUUUUUUAAUUAUUAUUAUUUUUUACUAUAAGAAGGUAAUCACUGUUUUAAAACAACAGUGUAGUGGGUGAUGCUUUCUCUUUAAUUAAAUUGGGAAUUAUAUAAAUACUUUAAACGUUUAGCCGAGCAGACACCAACACUAUGGAGCAAGUUCAGUCCAAUUUAAUAAAUGAAGGUUUGGUUUUCAUUUUUAAAUACUAGGUGGAAUUAGUUUUAAAUUAACUUUUUAAAAAGCAAUAAAGCUGGUUUCAUUCUUUUAACUGUUAUGCCUUUUUAGAUAUGAAAUCAUAAAACAAAAGAAUCCACAAUGGACUGACAUAAAAUCACCCCAAUAGUCCAUAAUAAUUUUAUCUUUCAAUUUAGUGUCACACUUGCGUGAAAUUGGGGGACUUUAAUGGUCAAAUCCGACGCAGCACAGGCCGCGAUGUGCCGCGUCAAUGCAGCGUGUGCCUUUUUCCUUUUUCCUUCUGUCCAAUCACAUGUAAAGCACAACUAAUAAAUACAUUGAAUCAUUUAAAA